UUUAAUUUUACCUUCAAAAUAUUGAGGUGGUGUGUGUGUGUGUGUGUUCUUGAUUAUUAUUAUAGUAAGCGUAGUUGUCAGAGUUGUUGUAUUAUGGGAAUAGCUCGUAAUCCUGUGGAGGUUCUUGAAUACAGUAUUAAUUAUAUACAGCAGUGCUUUUUCUUGUGGUGAAAUCCUCGGUGAUGAUGGAGUUCAGCAGCGGUGGAGGUGGUGGCUCAAGUGGCGGCGACCACCAGGACGCCUCCGAUCCUCACCGGAGAAAAAAGCGCUACCAUCGGCACACUGCCCACCAAAUUCAGAGGCUUGAAGCGAUGUUCAAAGAGUGUCCCCACCCAGAUGAGAAGACAAGAAAUCUGUUGAGCAGAGAGUUAGCCUUGCAUCCUCGGCAGAUCAAAUUUUGGUUCCAAAACCGGAGAACUCAGAUGAAGGCACAACAUGAGAGAGCAGACAACUGUGCACUUAGAGCAGAAAAUGAUAAAAUUCGAUGUGAAAACAUAGCAAUCAGAGAAGCUCUCAAGAAUGUGAUCUGCCCCUCCUGUGGUGGCCCCCCAGUCUCUGAGGAUUCUUACUUCGAUGAGCAAAAACUCAGGAUGGAAAAUGCCCAGUUGAAAGAAGAGCUGGACAGAGUUUCUAGCAUUGCUGCUAAGUACAUAGGCAGGCCUAUAUCCCAACUCCCACCAGUUCAGCCCAUUCAUGUCUCUUCAUUGGAUUUAUCCAUGGCUAGCUUUGGUGGGCAUGGAAUUCCCGGCCCUUCUCUUGAUCUUGAUCUUCUACCUGGGAGUUCGACUAGUGUAAUUCCAAACUUAGCCUUCCCUUCGAUGAGCAUUUCAGACAUGGACAAGUCCCUCAUGGCCGAUAUUGCGGCCAACGCCAUGGAUGAGUUGAUUAGGCUCUUGCAGAGCAAUGAACCGCUGUGGAUGAAAUCAGCAGGUGAUGGCAGGGAAAUACUCAAUCUUGAAAGCUACGAUAGGAUUUUCCCGAGGCCUAAUAGUCACUUGAAAAAUCCCAGUAUUCGUAAUGAGGCUUCGAGAGAUUCAGGUGUCGUGAUAAUUCACGGUUUGGGAUUGGUCGAGAUGUUCUUGGACGCGAGUAAGUGGGUGGAGUUUUUUCCUACAAUUGUUGCAAGAGCGAGGACUGUUGAAGUAAUAUCAUCUGGAGUGCUAGGAAGCCAAAGUGGCACUUUGCAGUUGAUGUAUGAGGAGUUGCAGGUGCUGUCGGCCUUGGUACCGACGAGGCAACUCUAUUUCCUCCGUUUCUGUCAGCAGAUCGAACAGGGCUCGUGGGCGAUUGUCGAUGUUUCCUAUGACAUCCCUCAUCAAGGCAGCCAUUUUUCUUCUCCAUGUAAAGCCCACAGGCUUCCUUCUGGAUGCUUGAUACAAGAAAUGCCUAAUGGUUACUCAAAGGUCACUUGGGUGGAACAUUGGGAAGUAGAAGAUAAGGCCCCGAUCCACAGGCUUUAUAGAGACCUUAUUCAUAGUGGAUUAGCCUUUGGGGCUGAACGGUGGCUUUCAACUCUUCAAAGGAUGUCCGAAAGAUUUGCUUGUUUGAUAGUUACUGCAAACUCAACACGAGACCUUGGCGGGGUGAUUCCUUCACUUGAAGGCAAAAGAAGCAUGAUGAAACUUGCUCAGAGAAUGGUCAACAACUUCUGCUCGAGCAUUAACCCCGCUAGUGGCCAACAAUGGACCACACUUUCGGGACUGAAUGAAUUUGAAGUGCGAGCAACAGUCCACAGAAUCAUCGAUCCUGGCCAGCCUAACGGUGUGGUCCUUAGUGCAGCAGCUACAAUAUGGCUCCCGGUUCCUCCGCAGAAUGUCUUCAACUUUUUCAAGGACGAGAGGAGUCGGCCUCAGUGGGAUGUCCUCUCCAAUCAGAACCCAGUUCAAGAAGUAGCUCAUAUUGCAAAUGGUUCUCAUCCAGGGAACUGCAUAUCUGUCCUCAGGGCAUUAAACACUAGCCAAAACAACAUGUUGAUACUCCAAGAAAGCUGCAUAGACUCAUCAGGCUCACUCGUCGUCUACUGCCCUAUUGAUUUACCAGCCAUCAACAUAGCAAUGAGCGGCGAAGACCCUUCUUACAUCCCAUUGCUGCCAUCAGGAUUCACAAUCACAUCUGACGGCCGGGCCGACCAUCUCCAAGCCAGUGGAGGAGAUGGUGCCUCAACCAGCUCAAACCUCGAUAGAUCCUCAGGUUCGCUAAUAACCGUCGUGUUCCAAAUACUCGUUAGCAACCUGCCAACAGCAAGAAUGAGCCCUGAAUCAAUAACAACAGUCAACAACCUCAUCAGCAACACGAUCCACCAAAUUAAAUCCGCCUUGAACUGCGCUACGUCCUGAUCAUGCAUGCUCCACGACUGCUCAUCCAUCCUCCGUAAGACAAGAAAACAAAGAUUUUCAAAGUCCUACGUUGGGAAACAGUCGUACAGAUGGACAUUGAAUGGAGGAAAGGCAGGAGAGGCAAAUGCAUAUCCUUUGUUAGUUGGGGAAUUUGAAUGCUCAUCAUCAAUAGCUGAAGCUGACUUAAUGCUGCAUGCUCCUGCUCCUGCUCCUGCUCCUGCUCCUGCUUCUGUUGCUGCUGCUCCUGCUGUGUCAUUAUAGUUCACAACAACCUUUUCACCAUGUAAUUACUUUGUUUCAAAUUUCUUUUCUCAGAAACCCUUUUGAAUUCACUCGAAAUAGGAGUCAAGAACGCACCGUUCAGGCAUCGUCGUUUCCUGCUGUGAGGAAGAAGGCAUACGUAAGUCCAUUUUCUUGGAAAUUAGGCCUUCUAAACACAGCAAGAAAUACUGUAUGGUUCGGGUAUUGACUUCUGUUCAAGAACUUAAUUCCUUAUGGAACUACUCAACAAUUUGUGCACUA